GAAACCCUAAAAGGAUUUAUACUGAGGGUGGCAUUACAUGAAGCUGUGUGAUGCUUUUGCAGGGUGAUCUUAGGUCUGAGUUUUACUCUCUGAGACUGCAAAAUACAUAAUUUCUUCACUUUUCUGAUUCUUUGACUGUGUUAUCAUCUCUACAAGCGCAGACGCCAGCUCAGGAAGUGGAUGCAAAGAUGACUGCAAAGUACAGUUCCCCUAUGGUGUCCAACAUGGACAUGGAAGACUGCAAAAUCAGCUAUAAGAAGAUUUUAGCAGACGGCGGCAAGCUCCACUUUUCAGUUUGUGCGUUGAGAAACAGCCCUUACAGGAUUGCUACAGUUUGCCUCGCACUCCUGUGUGUUCUCCUAUUGGCUGUUGCCAUAGGUCAGAGUGUCCACUACCACAAAGUACAGCAAGACCAUAACAACAACCUAACAGCCAUUAACAAAGAGAAAGAGAAGCUACAGGAGAACCUGAAGACAGUGCAGAAAGAGAAACGGGAUAUUCAAGCCAGCCGUAAUCAGCUAAGGGAAAAUUAUAACUACUUAUCUCAAAAGAGAAACCAAUUAGAGACAAAUAACAAUUUGCUGAUUGAGGAAACAAACAAACUGAAGCUUAGCCAAAGUCAGUUACAGACCAAUAACGCUGAUUUAAACAAAGUGAAUGAACAGCUCAGAGCCAGCAAUAACCUGCUGGACACUAAUAAAAAUGCACUGACUAGAGCCAAAGACUUGUUACAACAGCAAUUAGAUUCAGAGGUCAAAAGUAAAAAUGAGUUACAGGCCAAUUAUAACUCAGUGAUUGAUGAGAGGAACAAUUUACAGAACAAACUCAAUAAUGUAACCAGAUCAAAAGAGAAGCUGCAGAUGAGUUACAAUGACUUGAUUAAGGAUGUGGAACAUUUACAAGACAGAUACAACUUUUCUAACAGUGAAAAAGACAAGCUAGAAAGCCGUCACCAAAACCUGACGAUAGAAAAAGACACCAUACAGGCCAUGCUCAACACACUUAGAAAGGCAACAGAUGAGUUGCGGGCUAGUCACGCAUCCUUGGAUCAGGAAAAAAAAGAGCUUGAAAACAGUUGCAGAAAUGUGACUGCAGAGAGAGACCUGCUGAAGGUGAAAACUGACAACCUGACUGCUGAGAGAGAUAACCUACAGGAGGAAGUUGAGAAACUGAAUGCAACAAUUCAAGGUAAGACGUGUCCCACUGGCUGGCAGAAGUUUCAGUACAGCUGCUAUUUUACUUCUGUUGCCAAGAAAACCUGGUUGAAGAGCAGAGAAGACUGUCAAAGCAGAGGAGCAGACCUGGCAAUCAUAACAAGCCAAGAUGAAAUGAGCUUCAUCAAUGGCUUGUAUGGGAGUGACAAAGAAGUCUGGAUUGGAUUGACCGAUGAAGGAGUAGAAUUGCACUGGAAAUGGGUAGACGGGACACCACUGACCACAGCGUUCUGGGGUAAAGGCCAGCCCAACAGCUAUGACGGGAGGAACCAGGACUGUGUGGAGUUCUGGCACCGUGCGACAGGGAGAGGUGACUGGAAUGAUGAGAACUGUAAUGUAGAACAAAACUGGAUCUGUGAGAAAUAGUUUUCCUGUACAGGGAGGGCCAGAGCUUUUGCUAGCAUCACUGGUCAGUGUCUGGCACUAAUGACAAUUAUGUAGUACAAAAAAGGGACAGUAGGGACAGUGAUCUGUAAAUAAUAGCAAUAUUAGAGACAGCAUUUCAAAAAUGAAUGAAUGUGAGACCAUUUACACACAAUGACACACAGCAUUGCUAACACAACAGCUAAAGCCUGAAAUGGACUGCUUUGCAGUGAGUAAUGUAUUAUGAAGUUAAAUUUAGCAGAGAACCCAGCUGGUGCUGGAUCAGAUACAGAAAGAUGUAGAUUUUUGCUCCAGCUUUGGUUAAAGGAGGGACUGAGAUUUCCAUAGACAUCUGCAUAUACUGUACAAACAGUUCUGUGUAAUAGGAAUGUAGUGUAAUAAGUAAUUUGUGCCUCUGAUGAUUAAACGUCCACAAACUGAUUUUUUUUUAAAGACUGGAAAGAUGGCUGAUGUAUAAUUCACAGUGUACCCAUAUAUAAAAUAUUACACUUUCA